CAUCGCUUAGUCUUUGAGUGUGUGUGUGAGUGUGAGUGUGAGUGCAUAGGCAAUAGUGAGAUUAAGGUCCAAGUCCUUAAAGCAACUCCCUCUGGUGUCUUGAGUGCCUGCGUGGGACCAAGCCCUUCUACUAACUCUCCUGGUUUUUUUUUUUUGAGAGAGAGAGCAAUGGCACAAUGCCUCGCCUUCGUUACCAACAAAUGGGUGGGGUUCGUUGCCGCUGUGUGGGUGCAAGCCAUCUCUGGCAACAAUUACACCUUUGCGAAUUACUCAGUCGCCCUGAAAUCCCUCAUGGGCCUCACUCAGUUACAACUCAACAACCUCUCAGUUGCAAAAGACGUCGGCAAAGCCUUCGGUCUUGUUGCUGGCUUCGCUUCCGAUCGUCUCCCCACUUCCGUUAUCCUCCUCAUUGGCUCACUUGAAGGCCUGUUGGGUUAUGGAGCACAGUGGCUCGUCGUUAACCAAACCAUUCGACCCUUAAGCUAUUGGCAGAUGUGCAUAUUCAUGUGCAUGGGGGGCAACAGCACCACAUGGAUGAACACAGCAGUGCUAGUGACAUGCCUCAGGAACUUCAGGCGAAACCGCGGCCCCGUCUCCGGGAUCUUAAAGGGCUACGUCGGCCUCAGCACCGCAAUUUUCACAGACAUUGGCUCCGCCCUCUUUGCCAACAACCCAGCGUACUUCCUCCUCAUGCUCACAUUCAUCCCCGGCGCAGUGUGCAUCCCCUCCAUGCUCUUCCUGCGGGAGGUGCCCCCAGCCUCCGACACCGAUGAGGAUCGUCAAGAGGGCCGUUACUUUUGGGCGUUCAAUGCAAGUGCUUUUGCCAUCGCAUUCUAUCUCUUGAUAUUUGAUCUCACAGGAAGUCACAAGGGUGUGGUAUCUCGAGCAUUUGUAGUGGGCUUAUUGCUGUUGCUUGCCGCCCCAGUGGCUGUCCCCGUGAGUGCGGCUCUGCGGCCGUUUGCGAGCCGCAAAUUGUGGGAUGCCGAGGGGCACAAGGCAAGCCAAGAGAGCAAGGUUCAAGAGAAAGAGGGAGAAAGAGAUGGAGAGGGAGAGGGAGGGAAAGAAGUAGUAAAGGAAAAUGGAGAGAGUGAGAAAGAAGCAGGUAAUGUUGAAGGGUUGAAAGAGGAGGAGGGGAAGAGAGGGAAGCCAUUGAUAGGGGAGGAGCACACGAUUUGGCAAGCGUUUGGGAAGUUAGAUUUUUGGGUGUUGUUUGUGUCAUUGCUGUGUGGGGUGGGCAGUGGUUUGGCAAUGAUGAACAACAUGGGGCAGAUAGGAGAGGCUCUUGGGCGAGCAGACGUAUCAGUCUUCGUCUCACUUAUGAGCAUAUGGGGUUUCUUUGGCCGCAUUGCUUCCGGAACCCUCUCCGAGUAUUUACUCAGAAGGUCAGCUACGCCACGACCUCUAUGGAAUGCUGCCUCUCAGAUUUUAAUGGCGAUUGGGUACUUUAUAUUGGCAUUUGCAUUGCCAGAAUCACUCUAUAUUGGCUCUAUUGUAGUGGGAACAUGCUAUGGUGUGAGGAUAGCAGUUUCAGUUCCAAUCGCAUCUGAACUGUUUGGCCUCAAACAUUAUGGCAUAAUCUAUAACACUAUAAUCCUCACUCUCCCCCUUGGCUCCUUCCUCUUCUCGGGCUUACUCGCGGGUAUCCUGUACGACGCACAAGCCACACGAGGAGCAGGGGGUAGCAACACCUGCAUCGGUGCUCAUUGUUACAAGGCGGUGUUUGUGAUCAUGGCAAUCGUGAGUUUGGUCGGAUUUGGACUUGAUAUUUUGCUGGCAUUUCGAACCAGGGAUGUGUAUACUAAGAUCCACAAGAUGAAAAAGUCAGCUCAGACUCCAACCUCUUAAGAAGUAAAACAGGGCAAGGGCAAGCGCAAGAAAGUGAAACGAAUAAUCAUGUCAAAAAUGUUGUGCCUCUCAACUAUAUGUAACUCUUGUUUCACAUUUUCUUCUGUUUUUUCUCUCCCCUUUUGAGAAUGUCAGCUGAAAUUUGAACCUUGGACAUGGUGUUUUGGUCUA